CUAGCGAUCUUCGGUCGAGAGCGCUUCCUGCCUGGCGGCUCGGUCUAACUUCAGCCUCGGCUUUCGGCGCGUGAUCUGGAGGAGGGCUUUGACCUGGUCGCCGGCUGCAGCCACGUUUUGGGAAAUCGGAAAACUCCAGGUUCUUGGUUAUUCCAUAUCCUGGCAGAGAUGAGAGAGUCCCAAUCACUACUGCUUCAAACAUGAAUGUCUCAGAAUAUUCAAUGAGGCAGUUGCCUGCAACUUUAAUCAAUGCUUCCCAUGUUUUGGAUGACUGGAAUAACAUGGCGCAAACACCUGUGGAUGCUUCUCCCCUUCUGAAGACUGAAGUGCUGAACAAUGCCAACAACAAUGCCUCCUCAGGGCCCUGGAGAGGCCUGAGGAGCCCUUCCCUUUCUUCUGCUGCCUCUCAUUCCAAACUAAGCUAUUUGGAGCGUGUUGUCUUGGAGAUUGUGGAAUCGGAACGCAUGUAUGUGCAGGACUUACGAAGCAUCAUAGAGAAUUACUUGGGGAAGAUCAUAGACACUCAGGAGCUGUUGUUGCGGCCAGAACAAGUCAGCGCACUCUUUGGGAACAUUGAAGACAUCUACGAGCUGAACAGUGAACUACUGCAGGACCUGGAUAGCUGCCACAAUGACCCUGUUGCUGUGGCACAGUGUUUUGUGUACAGGAGCCAAGACUUUAACAUCUAUACUCAGUACUGCAAUAACUAUCCAAACUCCGUGGCAGCUCUGACCGAAUGCAUGAGGAACAAACAGUUGGCCAAAUUCUUCCGUGAGAGACAGGAGCAAAUCCGGCACUCCUUGCCCCUUGGCUCCUACCUUCUCAAGCCUGUCCAGCGCGUUCUCAAAUAUCACCUGCUCCUACAGGAGAUAGCAAAGCACUUUGACAGAGAAGGAGAUGGCUAUGAAGUGGUGGAAGAAGCAAUUGCCACCAUGACCUGUGUGGCUUGGUACAUCAAUGACAUGAAGCGGAAGCAUGAGCAUGCUGUGCGGCUGCAGGAAAUCCAGUCAUUACUUAUUAACUGGAAGGGCCCAGACCUGACAACUUACGGUGAGCUAGUCCUAGAAGGCACAUUCCGCGUACAUCGUGUCAAGAACGAGAGAACAUUCUUCCUUUUGGACAGAAUCUUGUUGAUAACAAAGAAACGAGGUGAUCACUACAUAUACAAAAGCCACAUUCCAUGUUCCUCUCUGAUGCUGAUUGAGAGCACGCGGGACUCACUUUGCUUCACUAUCACCCACUACAAGCACAGCAAGCAGCAGUAUAACAUUCAGGCCAAAUCAGUGGAGGAGAAGCGGGUUUGGACUCACCACCUCAAGCGCCUGAUCUUAGAAAAUCACCAUGCCAUAAUCCCUCAGAAAGCCAAAGAAGCCAUCUUGGAAAUGGACUCAUUCUAUCCUCCUCACUUCAAAUACAGUCCUGAGCGCUUGAAGAAGUCCUUAUCAUGCCAACAGUCUGAAGACAUUCUUCAAUGGAUUCGGCCAGGACGCCGACAAUCAGAGCCAACAAAACAGAUCCUCAAGCAACUGAGCAACAAAGGUGAGGGACAUGCAGAUAGUGAUGGAGCCCUUCUGGAGUUUGGGGAACCUCCACAGAUCCCCAACAGCUUACCCCAAGAGGAGGAUCAGGAGACCCUUCCUCAGGAAUCUCCAGAAGAGCUGGCUGAAAGUGAUGGCAGCGAGAAGGAGACAGUGCUCGAGGAAGAGAAUGAAGCAGAGGAAGAGGAGGAGGAAGAAGAAGAGGAGGAGGAAAGGCUGGUAGGAAUGGAGCAGGUGUCAGACUUUGCAAGCUCCUUGAUGGCAGUCCUCCAUUGCUGGCACUAUCGGGCCAACACCUUGCUUUUCUCCUGGGGCAGCACGGGCAAGGGCCACAAGACACAGGAAGGACUCAAACAAGACCACUCUUCCAGCAUCAGAGAGAGGAACAGGAUUGUGGAGACUGUAUCAUCUGUGCCAAAGGUUCGAUCACCCAUUGAGCUUGACAAGCUGUUAGACAUUUCUUCCCAUACAGAAGAGUGUCUAGAAGAGAAUCCUCUGCAACCAGAUCUAGAAGAUCAUCAUGGCCUCCUGGAUCAAGGUUCAGAUAGCCUGGAGUCUGCUGAAAACAUAGAAGAGCUGAAGCCACUGAGCAGUGAGGAGGAGGAGGAAGAGGAUGGUCAUGCACCCAGGUCCAGCAGCAUCCUCCCCUUUUCUGUGCUAGAUCAGGCCAGUAUCAUUGCAGAGCGCUUUGCCAGCAGCCUCUCCCGUCGCAACAGUUUGGUUCAUGAGGAAGGAAAGGGCUACCUCACACCAAAGAUGGCCAGCCGGAGCAGCAGCAUUCUAAGCUUGGAUGGGGACGAAAAGGCUGUGUGUUGCAACAAUGGCACCACUGUGGACUCCCAGAGUUGCAGCCUCUUGCAAGAGUCCUCUGCUGAACCUGUCAGUGCUUGCAGCAGUGCAGUGCGGCCUGGUCUGGCUGAGCCUGACCAUGCUUCUUGUCGACGGAAGGAGUCGAUGCUGUCCCAGCAGGACCGGCUGCUACUGGACAAGAUCAAGAGUUACUAUGAUUAUGCUGAGCAUCAGGAUGCCAACUUCAGUGUCAGGCGGAGAGAGAGUCUCUCUUUCAUCCCCAAAGGGCUGGUGAGAAAUUCUGUUUUCCGGAUAAAUAGUCUUCCCCAGUCAGAGCCUGGCCAGGAGAUGCUGAAGAGGAAUAGACCGGGCCCCUUGGGCAGUAGUGUAGCAGGCUGGACAGGAUCCUUGGUGCUUUCAAAUAGGCCUGCUGUUGUACUCCACUCUCCCCAUUUGGAGACAGCCAGUGAGGAAAAUCCAGUGCCUAUCACUGAAGCAGAGUUCAGGUCACCUAGUGAGAUGAUUAAAGUCUGGGAGGAGAUGGAGCAACCAAGAAGCAAGCCCUGGAGCAGGACUGAAGACUGUAGGGGGCGCAAAGCAAAUGGGGGCAUUUCCCUGUGCCAGGCUGAGUCUUAUCUGAGAGACAGGCUCAGCGGUCAGGAGAAUGGCUUUGACCUUCGUGAGCCACUUCUUAUCCUGGAGGAUGAGGAUCUUGGGGACAUAGUGGAGGAGGAGCCGGUGGUGCCCUCUCCUGAGAACAAGUCCCCUGUGGAGUGGACUGUGCCAUCCAGAUUACCCUGGGAAGUAGCACAAGAGCUGGGGACUUGUGAUCAAGAUCAGAAUUUCCCUCAGAUGCACCCUAAUAUAAUGCGGCUGGCUCACCUAACUGAGGCUGAGCUGACAGAGAAGGUGAAGAGCAAAGUCUACCAGCUGGCCCGCCAAUACAGCCUUCGAAUCAAGAGCCAAAAACCAACAAUGCACAGGCGGCUUGCUGAAGUAGAGGAGGAGAUGCAGAGAAAUACCUUGACUGGCCAACAGGGAGCAGUUAAGAGAGACAAAGGCCAAAAGAAGUCUACCUUGUCUCCCCCCAACUAUGAACAAAUUGUGCUUCAGGAGGCCAGCUCCCUGGGCCUGCUUUCCUCUUCCUCAACAUGUCAGAAGUCUCCCAAGCGCUUCUCUUUCAGCUCCAGCUCCAUCAGCCCCCAACUGUCCUCCCCCACCAGCACCUGCACCCUCUCCCACAGUCCACUCAGCCCCAUCACGACUGAGAAGUUCAGCUGGCCCGACGUGCGUGAGCUAAGGUCCAGGUAUUCCUGUCAGGUGGCGGUUGAGAAGUGCAGGCCCCCACUAGUCAACAGAAGUUGCUCAGCACCUGAGAAAAUGGUAGAUGAUGGUAAGAUGCAGGCAGGAUUCCAGCGCUCAAAGGGGCUUGCAAAAACAGAUGUAAAAGGCCAGCAAUGGGAGAAACAGAGCUGCAGGAGAAAGGCCUCUCUUGAUUCCAUCCCCCAGGAACUUGUUUGUGACACUCAAAAGGAAUUGUGUCUCACAGCAGAGACCUCUUUGGAGAACCACCAGCAUAUGUUUGUCAUGGAGAAGGUGCCCAAGGGGACUAAUAAAGCUGAUGAAAGAGAACCACAGAUUCACUCCCCUUCAGCCCAGGAGAAGCUUUCUCUCAAAGCGCUGGUGGAGCGGUACAAGUCUUAUCAGGACUCGGAGGAAUAUCACAGGCAUGAGGAUGAUGCUCAGGAAGUGUGGUGGGAGAAAACAGCUGGAAGCCAGCACAACCUGGUAAAAAAUCUAAGGGAAAAAUUUCAGACCCUUAAUUCUACCAGCUGAACACCUGCAUCUCUUGCUCCCAUGCCUUUAAGUUCUCACAUCCCCAUCUCUUUUUCAUGGUUUACCACUCAGAACCCUCUUUGCCUGUUGUUUCUCAUCCUGCUUGAAAUUUCUGGGAAGUUGCAACUGCCUUCAAGAAGCCGAGGACUGCUUUUUUAAAAAAAUGCUCUCUUUAAACAUCUGUGGACUUGAACCUGGAUCUGACUUGCUGCUGACACUCUACCUGGCAGCAUUAUUGGGCAGAACUCUUAAUACAUCUAGAAAAAUCAGGGAGCUUCCAGUCAAGAGCAGAGACAAUACAGAUCAAUCACCCUUUGGGCAUGUCCCUCCCUUCAGGAACAGGCAUAUUUGGGAAUCCUUGCUUUAUCAAGCCAGAGCAAGAUGAACAUUGCUCAGUCUCCUAGGAAAAUAAGUUAUUAUUCUAAGUCCUUGUUUUUAAAAGAAUGUAAUUUUACUAUGGCUUUGGUUGAUUCCAGGCCUCCCAGCCUGAGAACAUUCAACCUAAUACUGUUUGUGUACAUAUUUGAAUCUGUAUGCACUGUGCAAUAACCACUUUUGACCAGCGAA